GUCUGAAAGCAUUUCUUCUGGCCCCAAUUUUUCGAAACUUUUUUAAGUCCCUUAUAACAGGAUUAAGCUAAUCCCAUUUCUAUUUGUCUAUAAUUCGCGUAACAUUAACAUCAUUUAGAGUUAUUCAACCUUAAAUAGGAAUUUCUUUUAUGAAUAUCACAAAUAACCAUAUUUCAUUUACCAAAAUCACAUUUUAGUAUGCGUUUUGACUAUUGAAAUAAGCUACUUAAGCCUGUUAAGCUUGAGAAGUAUCCAGAAAUUGGUGCCUGACAAGUAAAGACACAACGACGUCGGUGCUAUGGAAACGGAGUGAUUUCAUCAACUUGCGUUAUUUCGAGGUCAUGUUUUUACGAUUUGUUUACAUCGUGCUAUAACACGGUGUUUUACCUGCUGACAAAAGCUAAUUUACCCUCGAUAUGCAGUUGUAAGCAGAAAGUCGGUGGAAAGUAAUAAGUCAUUCAAAUAACGAUCAUUGAAUUAUUUAAAUGAAGUGUCCUAUUUGGAAAUCAGCCAGUUCUAAUUCUCUAUACAGCCAAACGAUCAAAGGGCGGAAGAUAUUUUUCCACGAAAGACUUCUUAUCAUUGUUUAUGCGACUUGUAUCACUUUAAUUUUGAUGCCGCUGUCGUCGGGUUGUCCUUAUUCCUUUUUAGGAGUAUGUAUUUUAACACGGAUUGUUAACAAUUUGACAUCUGGUCAAUAGGACGAAGACUUGGAGAAAUAUUUUCGAAAGAAAGUUGAAGACUAAAAUAAUUUGUUAGAAAUACAUUCAUUUCUGAUAGAAGUUAUUCAUUAAAAAAAGAAAGAUGAAACUAGUGAAAAUGACAUCAUCAUCAUAUGACUGGUUUCCCAAACAAUUUCGGAUAUCCCAACAGUAUAUUAAAUCUGUUAAGUUGUACUCAGCUAUGUAUCUAGAUACAUGACGGACACAGAUUAGACUUCGUUGCUACAUGUGCUACACGUUAUUAAAUUUCAUACUGUUUAGUUACCAUUGUCAAGUUAAUACAAAAUUUGUUUCAUUCCGACCAGAGACCGACUGAAUGUCAGAAAGCCGAGAUAAUACAGACAGGAAGUUGAUUUUCGGGAGAGGCAGUGAACCAGAGGAGGAAUUAUAUUUUAUAGAGAAUGGCGCGGGCGUCAUCAGUCUGCGGGAAGACCCGCUCAACGCUAGCCUUUUGCCGGCCAGUCGCACGAUUAGAGUUGUCCAACAUGAAAGAAUACAGGAACUUGAGCGGCGUCUGGCGGAAAUGGAAGAAGAGCGUAAUUUGGCUGAGAGUCGCGAGGAGAAUACGAGGAGGACAAUCUCGGAGCUUUACGAACAGCUGGAAGCGAGGAAUAGGGAAAUGAGGGAGUUUACAGCACUUAGACAUACCCACAGAGAUGUCCUAGCGUUACUGCAAGAGGUGAAACUUGAAAAGGAGGCGUUGGAAAAUGCACGAGACGGGUACAUUAAAGAUGCGGAUCAUGCUCAGACUGAGGCCAGUCUACUUGCGGAAGAGAUGUUGCCUCUAAAACGAGCUCUGCACGAGAAAACUGACCUUAUCGACCGGUUGAACAAGGAGCUCGACCAAUCUAAGAGAAAAAACGAUGAACUCGCUGCAAAGUUAACUUAUAUGAGCGAACAGACAGCAGCAGACGGGGGAGUUGCCAGAAUUGGCCGGUUUCAAUUAUUUCGGCACUCAAAACAACGCCUAGGCUAUGAAAGUCUUCCAGCGGUGAAGGUGGGCAGCAAGCUCGGCGACGAGGUGCCGACGCUCUCACAGAAAAGGCGAAGGAUUGAGUGUCGGCGAUCCGCGGCCCUGGAGUGCCGAAACUGUCGCGCCGUCCUCGAUACUACCACUUCUCUCCCAUGUACAUUUCACGCAAGCCCGCCUCGCCCUUACAAUGAAGCUGUCAUGUUAUCAGACAAGGAGGCUCUUCCUCUCGCAAACAAGGAGCGGCACUUCUACUGGCCGUGCUGCCGGAAAUGGGCCGUCCACGAACCACCGGGUUGCCGCUCCUUCCGCAACCAUAGCCCGGAGGACGACGACCUCUCAAAGUAGUGAUAAAAUAAAGAACGCGAGGACCGAACUACCCGAUCAUGUAUGUUUGGAAAACAUCGUGCAAAUUUUGCGCUACUUGCUUCUUAACAGCAGUGUACAUAUCCCUUCACGUGCAUGUGGCUCCGUUUUAAGGAGCGGUGUGGCACGGACUAAAAUUUCUAUGGUCAUCCCUAAGUUCUCGGCUUGGAGAUCCUGGAAAUCUUUUAACCAGAACUAAAAUAUAUAGCAAUUGCCAUCAGGAAACACACAACAACUAAACAAUGUUUUGUGCAUGAUAACAAUUAUCAUUAUUAUUUUGCUUUUCCGUUACUUAUAACAUGUGCUGCAAUAAUCCUAAAUCUACCCAUCACGUGACACACUUGCCUCUCAUGGUGUGAUAACCAGCAGCUAGUUUAUAUGAUUCUAUUAAAGGAUUUCCCUUUAUGCACGGACUGAGUCAGUCUUCCAUCUUAAAAAACGUUCAAACCUUUCACCCCAUGUUUUUUUAAUAUCUCGGUUGAAUGUGUUGCCAAAUGCAUUUGAAGAGGCAGCAUACAAAUGGACUUCAUUGUAUCAUGUGUUCAAUGCUGCACCUCAAUGCGCACACGUUCAAGAGAAACAUAUUUUUGGUUUGCCAUUAUUUUUAGUUUGCAUGUUUACCGUUUCAGGCCCAAAUUUCUCGAAAUCCCCCCCCCCCCCCCCCCGUAGUAUACAUUUCUGUGUAUUGAUCUUUAUCUUUAUUGCCUCCGGCUGUCUUUUAAAUCUUAGAUCUGUCAGUGUUUGACUUGCCGUUUCAUUUUGAUAACUUUUUAAAUCAUAUUAAAAGCAUUAUAACAAUGCUUUAGAGUAAGAAUAAGAGUAAUGUUAGAUAAUAUUAAUAAUAUCCCAUUUACAUGAUUUAUAUCAUACAACAUAAAUGUAAUGUUACUUUAUUUGUUUAUUAUUUACUUCUCAUCAGUCAAAUUAAUACAUUGGCCAUGCAUAUAUUGUUUAUGCAAGAAUUGGUUGUGUAUUAAUAAGACAAUGCUAUUUUCUACUCUAAAUGGUGUCACCUCCAAACGGCCCCGGGCCAAUAAACAAAUACACAGGAAAUUGGCCCCUGCAAUGACACUAGUGCAAUAAACAGCAGAACUCAAUAUAUUUUUUACAAAUUUGGUUUUAGAGAAGAGAUGUUAACAAAUAUGUUUUUAUAAAAGAUGGAAAAUAGUUUAUAUUAAUUAUAUUUUGCAACUGCAUUAUAAAAUAAAAAUACUAUUUCUUUAGGACACUUUUCAUCAUUUGUUAAUCAAAUUGUUAAGAGUACAGAUAUUUAAUAUUAACCAUGCAUAUCAUGAAUUUUAACAUCAAAUAGCAAGUUUAUUAGAACUCAUAUUCAUUGUAAUGCCUGGUUAAUGGUUGGAUGCAUAGGAUAAUUCACUUUUUUGCCAUUUUUAAGUUAUCACAGCAGGGUUCCUGAUACUUCCUGUGUAUUGUUUAUUGCCUCGACCUAUUGGGGCUAACAUUGUUACAAUGGGUAAUCUCAUUACAAAAGUAUGAAUAAGCAUUUUAUCAUUUUCUAAAAUUAAAAUUUAAUGCCUGGUUAGUGGGCCAUUUGGUAGGAUAAUUCCCGUUUGUGCUCUUUUUAUAGAUAAAGAUAAAUAGAUACAUUCAGUAUCAAAUGCUCAAACUAGGCAUUUAAGAUGUUUAUUUAUGAAAAGUAUUGAAAUUAAUCGUGAAUAUAAUUACGUAACAUCUAUACAGGAAAGUUACAGACAAUUGCAAUAUCAUCUAGAUUAGUAUUUAUAAACCUUUUGAUGAAGUUAUAAUGAAAUGCAUAUAUGAAAAUUCUGUUUCUGAAGAAAUAGCUCCUAUUUUUAAAUCUAAUUAAGGCGAGGUAUUUUUUUCAACACUGCAUGCAUUUUUUUCUUCUUUUAAAUUACAAUUAUCUUUUUUAUCAUAAACAUUGGUUUUGCAUUCACUGUUUGAAUAUAUAGUAGUGCUGUUCACUUAUAUACUUAGGAUUCAGAAUUAUUAUUUUGUAAUCACUAAUUGACUUUAAUUAAAUGUCUGAAUUCCCCCAAAAAAUGUUUGGAUGUUACAAUAGUAGCUCAAUUACAUGUAUAACAACCCUAUUUUCAAAUAUUGGCUUACAAAGAAAUUUAUUGUAUUUAUUUAAGAAAUGUUUUAUUCUUAUUUCACCAACAUUAGAAUUAAAAAAUUGACAAAUAUGACCAGUAAAUGAUGGGUAGAAACCCCUCGUCUUUAGUUACUGGCCCAUUAAAUGAUGAUCAUCAUAAAGUCAUCAAUAAAUGCAGUAUACUAAAAUGUUUUAUCACAAGUUAAACAAUGAUCUGCUAGAGGAAAUGAUCUUAUCAGUAAAAUUAAAUCAAUAUAGUAAGGCCAAUCUGAGUGGACCAGGAAAAUCAAUACUGGCUUAUCGAAUAAACUACAGACUACAUUAGUUUAUUCAUAGUGCACAUCUCGUUCACUACUAGUGCACUCCUAGUGAACAAGAGUGUAAAGUUUGGUCUUAACAGUACUGUACAUAAGUUUUUGAAAAAGUGGUUUAUUUAUUGUAAUUAUCAUAAAGAUAAUUCCUAUUUAAAGUCUAAAAACUUUUCAUUAAGUAAAUAUAACGCAUAUUAUAGAAUACAGUAUCAUUAUUUUAUAGACUAUUUGUAUUUUAAACUGUGAGCAGUUUGAAGAGAGCCAAUGUUUUAUUAAUAUUGAAAACUUAUGAUUUAUGAAGAUGUUUAAAAUUCCUGCUGGUCGUGUAUAAGCGCUUAAUAAACGAAAUUCGCCCUUUAUUUCAUAUGCAACUAGGUUAAAAGAAGAUAAACAAUUAUGUUUAUUAUUCAUUAAGAAUAUACAGUGGAAACUCACUAAACCGGACAAGGUCCGGACUGGGCAAAAUUUCCGGUUUAGUGAGGAUUCCGGUUUAGUGAGGAUAUGAUGUACGGAGUAAGUUUACUCAAAAUAUUAACUGAGUUAUCCUUUUAAGGGAAGUUGAUUUAAUGCUUGUUAAGUAUGUUUGAUAGUUUAAUUAACGCACCGCUCUAAUUUGAUUCAAUCUUAGAAGUCUUUAGAUAAAACAACCCUCCAAAAUGAUCACUUGAUAAGCGUUUCUAGUUCUUUAUUUUCAGCAACAAACAAAUUAAUGUUGCAAUCAAUUUUCUUUUCACAAGUUUGAUUAUCGUUUGAUUAUCGCGCGGCAGUCAAUCCACAGCGCAAUCAUCAUUAUCGAUUAUCGAGUUAACACAACAUCACAGGUGCAAUAUUUAACGACGCACCGGCUGUCAAAACAAAGUGACACGCGAUUCGCGAAUUCCUAAUACACAAAAACAUUUUGACAUGUUUGGACAAAUAUACGUCCGGUUUUGUGAAGUAAAAUUACGUUGAUAACGAACAAAUUUUCUCGAUUUUUUGUCCGGUAUCCGGAAUUCCGAGGUUCCGGUUUUGUAGGGAUUAUUUUACAUUGAAAAUAGAAGGGGGAAAUCGGGACUCUGAGAAAAUUCCGGUAUCCCGAGGAUUCCGGUUUUGUGGAGAUCCGGUUUAGUGAGUUUCCACUGUACUAGCAUGAUGGUUAAUUAAUCAUCAUCAGUGACAUUGCUAUGUGACUCUUAUUUGCCAUAUUGGUAAUAUUUUUGCUGUAAAUAUAUUUAUAGAUGUGAACUUUCCACCUGUAAAUACUGAUUUUUGAUGAACAAUAAAACUGAACUGAA